AUGUAUUCAAAAGAACAAUGCGAAGCUCCAACUGGAACCUACAUCAAUAAAUUAUACCCAUACAACUCUACAGUUCCUCUACCCACUACCGGCAAGUUUGAAGUUCAAUUUUGUAAUGGUACAAAAACUACAUCUGCAACAUUUCAUGUUGUUGAAGGAAAUUCUGGGUCAUUGUUGGGAUAUGAGACAGCAACAGAACUGGGACUUUUGCAUGUUAAUGUCAACCAAACAACAACCAUGCCUAUUUCUACAUCAAGCAACACGUCUGAUCUGGUUGCAAAGUUUCAGCACCUAUUUACUGGCAUUAGUAAACUGAAAGAUUAUAAACAAAAGCUACAUCUUGACCCUAGUAUACAACCAGUUGCCCAAAAACCUCGGCGAGUACCAUUUCACUUACGUAAGCAAGUAUCUGCCCGAAUUGAAGAAUUGGAAGCACUCGAUAUCAUAGAACGUGCAUCAGGUCCAACAUCGUGGGUAUCGCCUGUGGUCGCAGCACCUAAACCCCACAACCCAUCUGAAGUUAGAGUAUGUGGUGAUUAUCGACAACCCAACCGAGCCAUAAUUCGAGAACGGCACCCUAUUCCCACUGUGGAAGAGCUCAUGGAGGACAUGACUGGUGCUUGUGUCUUUUCAAAAUUAGAUCUUCGCGCUGGCUACCAUCAAUUUGAAUUGGAAGAAGAAUCGCGAUCUGUUACCACCUUUUGCACACAUGACUUUUCCAACAGUCACUUCAAGGUCUUCAUGGUGUUUGUAACAUAGCGGAUGACCUCAUAGUUUGGGGAAAAUCCCAGGAAGAACAUGAUCGCAAUCUUGAAGCUUUGUUCCAACGCCUAGAUGCCAAGGACCUCGCAUUGAAUGGUGAUAAAUGUGAAUACAACCAACCAAGUUUAUGGUUUUAUGGUUACAGUUUGUCCAAAGAUGGUCUAUCUGCUGAUCCCAAGAAAGUUGAGGCCAUAGUCAAAACGACAACUCCACAGAAUGUUGCUCAGCUCUGA